AUGCGCCAGGCGUGGCUGUUGUAUGCGCUGCUUGCCCUCAUCGGUCUCUCGUCCGCCUUGAACAUCGAUGGCAUUGAGGCAUACCUUCACCAUGGCGUUGUCAAGCGUCAAGCCAGCACUGGAUCUCCAGGACGCUCAACUUCAUCAGACGACACUCCCCAGAGCACUCCAACACCAUCUUCUGAACCCGAGUCGACACCUACACCUACGCCUACCCCGACUCCAUCAAACACACCAUCUUCCACCCCCGAACCCUCGCAGACUCCCGAGCCGUCGUCGAGCCAGCAGCCCAGCAGCCGCCCGUCUGAGCAGAGCUCUGAACGCCCAUCGUCAACAGAAGCACCCAGCAGGAGCAGUGCCUCUAUCACCACACCCGUCGUAAGGACAUCGACACUUUUGGGAACCUCGGUCACUUCGUACUCUACUGUCUACACAACUAUCGUCGAUGGACAAACCCGCGUCAGCACCGGAAUUGCCCAGAGCACGGCGGUCUUCCCUACUGGUGAAGCCACCGUCACCGAAUCACCACUUCCUCAGAGCGGCAACGGAAAUGGUGGAGGCGGCGGUUUGACCGACUCCAACAAGAAGAUCAUCGGUGGUGUCGUUGGAGGUGUCGGAGGCGCGAUCCUUCUUGGUGGUCUUGCUAUUGUCUGGUGGCGUCUCCGCAACAAGAAGGCCCGCGUUGCCGAGGACGAUGAUGACUUCGUUGCCGGCACUGGCGCUGCUCUGGGCGACAAGACUCACAACAACAACGGAUCACCUUUCCAAUCCAACCUCGAACAAUACCACAACCCCGGUGGACGUCCAAACGCUGCAGCAAACUUCUAA